UUGAAAUUCCCAAAAAUCAAAAUUAUCCAGUUCCUAAAACCCCUGUGUACUGGAAUUCUGCGUUUUUGAGAAAUCUUUAUCCGAUGAUGGCUUCAAUGUCUUGCACGCAGUUUCCAUUGAUGCCCAGGGUAUACAGAUGGGAAUCGAAUGGGAAUACAUUUUCGUAUAUGAACUAUACGAACAUUGUACAGAUUCAAGACCGUCGAGUAAAUAGAAAUGUAGUAACAUUAGUCUCGAAAAAGAAAUUAGCCGACUCGUUGGCUGAGGAUGUACCCGAUGGAGAACCAGCGGUUGUAGAGAAGAAGACCCGUAAAACGACUAAACGAGCACCUGCAAAAAGCAAGAAAAAGACACUGGAGAUUGUUGAUGAAGAUUCUGCUGUCGAUGGAAAUGCGAAAGAAGAGGAAAUUUCAGCCUCGACGGAAGUUCCGAAGAAAACCCAAACUAAAACUAGGAAAAGAGCUAUACCAACAUCCAAGACCUCGGAAAAAGAAGAAGAAGAAGAAGAAGCAACUCCCAAAAAGGCGACAAGGCAGAGGAAAUCCAAGAAGAAAGCUGACGUCAUCGAAGCUAACGAGACGGAAUUCAGUGAACCCGAAGAUGACAUAUUUGCCCCUACCUUUGACGAAAGCAACGAUCAUGACCUCGAGUUUGCUAUCGAAGAUGGAGAGGAUAUAAGCUACACAUACGGAUGGCCGCCCUUAGUUUGUUGCUUCGGUGCAGCUCAAAACGCAUUUGUGCCAGCUGGACGAAGAUCAAACAGACUCAUCGACUACGAAAUCCACGACCGGAAAAGGGAUGCUCUGUACGAGCCAGAGAAGUUCGUUAGGGCUCCUGGAGGAAGUUCGAGCAACGUUGCGGUGGCUCUAGCGAGCUUGGGGGGUAAAGUUGCCUUCAUGGGCAAACUCGGAGACGAUGCCUAUGGUCAUUCUUUGCUGUACUAUUUGAACAUCAACAAUGUCCAAACGAGAGCGGUGCGUAUAGAUGAGAAUAAAGUGACAGCUGUAUCUCGGAUGAAGAUUGGUAAACGGGGUGGAUUGAGGGUGGCUAGUGUGAAGCCGUGUGCAGAGGAUUGUUUGUCGAGGUCGGAGAUUAAUGUUGAUGUGUUGAGAGAGGCACAAAUGUUUUACUUCAACACAUUCAGCCUAUUAGACCGAAACACGAGAUCAACCGCGUUACAAGCUGUGAAGAUCUCCAAAAAGUUAGGAAACCUCGUUUUCUACGAUCUCAACCUGCCGCUUCCACUCUGGCAAUCGAGCGAAGAAACCAAGAAGUUCAUACAAAGCGCGUGGAAUCUAUCCGAUAUUAUCGAGGUCACCAAACAAGAGCUCGAAUUUCUCUGCGGAAUAAUACCGUCGGAAGAAUUCGACACGAGAGACAAUAAUCGAAAUAAAUUCACUCAUUAUUCACCGGAAAUUGUGUCUCAGCUCUGGCACGAAAAUCUCAAGAUUUUGUUCGUGACGAACGGAACUUCAAAGAUACAUUAUUAUACAAAGGAGUACGAUGGCUCCGUAUACGGAAUGGAGGAUGCUCCUCUCACACCGUAUACUUCCGAUAUGUCUGCAACUGGAGAUGGUGUUGUGGCAGGUAUAAUGAAAAUGCUGACGGUGCAGCCACAUCUGCUAUUGGAUAAAGGGUAUUUGGAGCGCACUAUAAAGUACGCGAUUAACUGUGGGGUCACAGACCAAUGGCUGCAGGCUCGGAAACUAGGGUACCCUCCGAAAGAAGGGAUGGAAGACGUUGAUUCUGAUCCACAUGGCAUUAAAUCGAUAACUGAAAAGCAAUACAGAACCUUAGUGCCUACUGAAAGCUGAUCGACGAACAUGAUUCAAAUUCGGUGUCGGUUUUUUUUCUUUUCCCUUCUUUUCUAGGACUAGUGUUGUGGAAGGAUGUAUGAUUGAGAUGAACGUGUAGGAAAUGGAGUCGUAUGGAGCUAUGGUGGGCUUUAGCUGCACUGUAUAGUGCCUCGAUGAUUCAUGUUUUUAUGCUGUGUUGUUUUAGAUUUGUAGUAUGUAUUAUGUAAUAGCUCUUGAAGCUAAGAAAAUUUUGAAAUGCAGAGAGAGGCAUUGCUUUUUUUUUUUUCUU